AUGAGUAUGGAUCCAGCUUGUCCCCAAGCAUCCAACUCUAGGGAAUCUGCACCCAUGCCUGAAGAAAGUUACGCAUCCUUGCAAAUGUCAUCUGCUGACACCCUCGACACGGACACUGUCUCUCCUCUUCCUUCCUCCAUGGAUCUGCUUAUUCAGGACAGUCCUGAUUCUUCCACAAGCCCCAGAGUGAAACCACUGCCUCCGUCUGCGGAGGAGAGCACAGAGAAGGAAGAGAACGUCCCAGUCAAGAAACGGAAGAUCAGAACUGUGUUCUCACAGACCCAGUUGUGUGUGCUCAAUGACAGAUUUCAGAGGCAGAAAUACCUCAGCCUCCAGCAAACGCAAGAACUUUCCAACAUCUUGAACCUCAGCUACAAGCAGGUGAAGACCUGGUUCCAGAACCAGAGAAUGAAAUGUAAGAAAUGGCAGAAAAACAACUGGCCAAGGAAUAGCAAUGGCAUGCCUCAGGGCCCAGCAACAGCAGAAUACCUGGGCUUCUAUUCCUACCACCAGCGGUGUUUGGUGAACUCUCCUGGAAACCUGCCCAUGUGGGGUAACCAGACCUGGAAUAAUCCCACGUGGACCAACCAGAGCUGGAACAGUCAGUCUUGGAGCAACCACCCCUGGAACAGUCAGGCCUGGUGUCCCCAAGCCUGGAAUAACCAGCCUUGGAACAAUCAGUUCAACAACUACAUGGAGGAAUUCCUGCAGCCCGGAAUCCAGCUCCAGCAGAAUUCUCCUGUCUGUGAUCUGGAGGCCACCCUGGGAACUGCUGGGGAAAAUUAUAACGUAAUACAGCAAACUGUCAAGUAUUUUAGUUCCCAGCAGCAAAUCACGGAUUUAUUCCCAAACUACCCUCUCAACAUACAGCCUGAAGAUUUGUAACGGCUAUUUGUGACGGCUAUUAUAUGCAAUCUUAACCUGAGCAGAGACUGUAUAUUCUCUAGAAUUUUUCUCGUUUUAGAAUUCUGUACCGCUUCCCCUUAGGAAGCUGCUUUUCACUAUAUCUUCUGUGUCAAUUUGAGGGAAGGGUAAUGAGUCCAAUAAGAGGUUUCAGAAGCAUUGUACAACAUGACAAAAGGUGUCUGGCUAUAGAUAACUCGAUUAUAGCAUUUUGGAUAUAAUAUAUAAUAUUUUCGAUACUUUUAGGACCUAGAAUCUAACUUCAGGCACAGGGAGCAAAAGUACAAAGACGUAUGAUGAGGAUUAUUCAUAUUUUCUGGGAUGGCAAGGCUUUACUUGUUAAGAAUCUCAGUCCUUAAGAUGAAGGGCGCUUUACUGAUUUCCUCCACCCCUUUUAUCUAUUUUACUACAGCCCCUAAUUUGUUCAUCACUCUAUUUUUGGAGAACAAUGUUUUUUAUUUUGCCACAUCAUAGUAGUACCAGUUUGGCUGGUUUGUUGUUUAAGUACAAAUAAAUAAAAAAUAGCCAUAAAAAAAAAAAGGAUUAAACUGUUAAGAUACCCAUUUAGAUUAGAAAUACUUUAUUAAAACUUUGUUUUGAAAUGCCAACAACUUUGUAAACCUAUAACUGUAUAAAAAGUUGUAAAACAAAAUGAGAUGUGGCUAGUCAAACACUUCACCAAACCAUGCUAUUUAACAAUUACAAAAGAAAACCUAUUUCAACUAAAUAUAGAUAUGGUAAUCAUUAUUUUUCUGGCACAAUCAUGGUUUUGGUACUAUGUCUUCCAUACACUAAAAGGCAUCUGUGUACCCACCUAUCCCAGUUCUGUUAACUGACAGCUACAAGCAUCCUCUAUUCUUAUUCUAGAUAACUCUACUAAAAAUAUUAUUUAUACAAUAUCUGCAAAGUAUUGGUCCUGCAAAUCUGUCAAGGGUACCCUUCCAGUUUUCAAGAGAUAACUCCAAUUCUGGAGUCAUGGGAGAGAAGAAGGUCUGGUAGUCUCCUGGUCUCCGGUGAUUUCAGUUUUAUCUACUUUUUUAGGUAAAUAAAACGAGACACUUUUAACCCAGACACUUGCAGUGACCAUAUUUUUACCCCGUGACCAGUAUAUGUCAACUCAAGCUAUCAAG